GCACAGGGGGAGGGCCUUGUCUGCUUUCAAUCAAUAACCUCUGGAAUUCAGAAAUACAAGUAGGUCCUGUCCCUGGCAGGCUGUACCAAACUCUUGAGGGCGGGCUCCCAGGCACAGUCGACGAAAACUUCAUCCACUUCUCAGCAUUCUCUCUGUCUCCUUCCACAGGUCUGACUGUGUUCCAGGUCCAUCACAAUGGCCGACCACGGUUCUCCAGAUUACUUCAGCUGCUCCCUGUGUCUGAACCUUCUCAGGGACCCUGUGGCGAUUCCCUGUGGACACAGUUUCUGCAUGGACUGCAUCAGUGGCUACUGGAACGAGGCUGAUUACACAGGGAUUUACAUUUGUCCCCAGUGCAAGAUCACAUUCACCCAGAGGCCUGUGCUUCGCCCCAAUGCCACUCUGAACAUGGUGGCUGAGAAGAUCAAAAAGAGCGGCCUGAACCUCAACCUCAACACGUCCCAGGGGAAUAUCUUCGCCGGACCAACUGAUGUCCCCUGUGACUUCUGUUCUGGGAAGAAAUUAAAGGCUGUUAAGUCCUGUCUGAACUGUCUGGCGUCCUAUUGUGAGAAGCACCUGAAGCCUCACUAUGAAUCAGCCACAUUCAAAAGGCACAAACUGGUGGACGAGCUGGGAAACCUGGACCGGAAGAUCUGCCCGCAGCACCAGAAGUCCCUGGAGCUGUUCUGUCGGACAGACCAGAUGUGUAUCUGUGCUAUCUGCACAGUCAGUGAACACAGGGGCCAUGACAUUGUCUCUGCUGAGGCAGAGAGAGGUGAGAAACAGAAACUGUUGGGAGUCUCCCAAGCUGAGAUUAGACAAAAAUGCCAGGAGAGGGUGAAGGAGUUGGAGGAACUGAAGACAUCAGUCGAUUCACUGAAGAAUUCAGCCCAGAGGGCCAUGGUGGAGAGCCAGAAGAUGUUUGAGGACAUGAUCCGCUCCAUUGACAGGAUGAGGUCUGAGGUGACCAAGUUGAUCGGUAUCAACGAGAAGGCUGCUUUCAACCAGGCCGAGGCUUUGGUUGAGCGUCUGGAACAGGAGAUCGAUGAGCUGAAGAAAAAGGAGACGGGGCUCAAGCAGCUGUACAGCACUGAGGACCACAUCCACUUUUUGCAGAACUUUAACUACCUUUGCACUCCCACUGAUGACGGCUUCAUUCCUAAAGUUACUGUAAACCCCGACUUUUCCUUUGGCGCUGUGAGGAAAGCUGUGGCUGAGAUUAAGGAUCGCCUGGAAGAGUUUGGCAGAGAGGAGCUGCUCAAGAUCUCCAAGUCAGUGAGUGAGGUUCCAGUCUACACCACAGAAAGUCGAACAUUGGACAGAAAGAGCAGAGGCAAAGAAAUGAUCAUGAACAACCUUCCUCCUUCAGAGCCAAGGAGCAGAGCAGAUUUUGUGAAAUACUUCUGCCAACUCAAACUGGACCCAAUCACCGCCUACAAGGAGCUGUUCAUCUCUGAAAGCAGCAGAAAGGUCAUCCGCACCCGGGACCUGCAGCCCUACGGAGAUAACGCAGAGCGGUUUGACAGCUUUGCUCAGGUGCUGUGCCGGGAGGCUCUCUCUGGAGGCCGCUUCUAC